GGACAGUACGGGUCGGGGUAAAUUUUGUGAAUGGCUUCCAGCCUGCCUAAAAUGUGAAAUGAGACAUUGCGCUUUAGUUWUUGUUGGKUUUUUUUUUUUCUUCGAUGUGACAUCCAGAAGGACUGAUUUGUAACGGAGAAAACGAUGUUGAACGCGGAAGGGGUUGACAGUUCAGACCAGCUGAAUAUAUUUGAGAAACUGUCUAGUAGCAGGCCGCCGCAAGCAGCUAUGCUAGCAGGUUACCGAACGCCCCCUGCCCGCAGUGGACAUCGCUGUGUUGCUGAUAAUGCCAACUUAUAUGUGUUUGGAGGUUACAACCCCGACUAUGAUGAGUCAGGCGGCUCGGAAAAUGAAGACUAUCCACUGUUCAGGGAACUGUGGAGGUACCACUUUGCUACAGGCUGCUGGCAGCAGAUGCACACAGAGGGCUACAUGCCCACAGAACUGGCAUCUAUGUCAGCUGUUUUGCACGGUAACAACCUUCUGGUGUUUGGUGGAACCGGGAUCCCUUUUGGUGAAAAUAACGGCAACGACGUUCACGUUUGUAACGUCAAGUACAAGAGAUGGUCGCUGCUUAACUGUCGAGGGAARAAGCCUAACAGAAUCUAUGGACAGGCAAUGGUCAUUAUAAAUGGCUUCCUGUACGUGUUUGGGGGCACGACAGGUUACAUUUACAGCACAGACCUGCACAGGCUAGACCUGACCACCCGGGAGUGGAUCCACCUCAAGCCCAACAAUCCCCCUGGUGACCUGCCUGAGGAACGGUACAGACAUGAAAUAGCACAGGAUGGACAGAGGAUUUAUAUUCUGGGAGGGGGAACUUCUUGGACAUCGUAUCCUUUGGAUAAGAUACACGCCUAUAAUCUAGAGACAAAUUCCUGGGAGGAGAUUACAACUAAACCCCAUGAAAAAAUAGGGUAUCCUGCUCCGCGAAGAUGCCAUAGUUGUGUUCAAAUACAGAAUGAUGUAUUUAUUUGUGGGGGCUACAAUGGGGAGUUGAUAUUGUCGGAUCUGUGGAAGAUCAACCUGCACACUUUCCAGUGGAAUAAGCUACCAGCAGAGAUGCCUGAGCCAGCCUACUUUCAUUGUGCUGCAGUUACACCGGCUGGCUGCAUGUACAUCCACGGUGGUGUAGUGAACAUCCAUGAAAACAAGAGGACUGGCUCUCUGUUUAAGAUCUGGCUGACUGUUCCCAGCCUGCUGGAACUUUGCUGGGAGAAGCUUCUCAAGUCUUUUCCUCACUUGACUUCUCUCCCCACCUUUCAUCUGUUUAACCUGGGGCUCACGGAGGAGCUUGUAGAACGCUUGAAAUAAGCACAAAAAAAGAGAGAAAAAAAGAGAAAAAAAAUGGAGGCAUGGUCAGGCUGGGACAGACAGCGAAAAAGAUGAGAUAAAAUAUGAUUUAACCCAGGUUUUGGGAAAGUACCCGGCUCCUCCCCUGCCUGACGUAGCCCCACCUUAAAACCAAAAAACAAUGGGAUGCCUUUUUUUAUGUUCUAUUUUUUCUAGUGGAGGUGGACUGUAUGUAGAAUUUUUUAUGGAUUUUACUCAAACCCCUCCAAGUCACCACUGCUUCUUAGAGUUUGGAUUCACAGCUUCAACAAAACUGACAGUUUAAAAAAAAAGUUUAUUUUGCCACGUCAAGAAGUCAAACACUGUCAUUGUAAAUCAGCAUCCUCCAGGAACUUCAAGGAUUCAGCGAAGAAAACUAAUAGAUGUAUAUUUAUUUUUAAGGACUUUGGUGUUUUUUUCAUGAAGAAAUUGCUGUUUGCACAUCGUUUCAUAUAUUUGCAGGUAUUUACUUAUUUAAUAGAUUCUAUGUGCAUGGAUGACCACAGCAAGAAUACCAGACUAAAAAGGGAGCAGGKUUUUUUUUUCCUCCAUUGUUUCAUCUUCUGACAUUUCCUUCUAAAAGUGGACUUUUCUUGCCGAAGGUUUUAUGAUCAUCAGAAAGUUAGGGACAGAAUUCUGGUCCUGGAAAUUGUUCUUGAAUUUUUAACACAUGGCUGCCUGUGUCCAUAGAUUUAAAAAAAGAAAACAAAAACAAAGCUGGGAAACUUUAUUUUGCAUGCCUUGGAAAGAUUCAAUGGUAUUUAUUAGUGGUAAAUUGUCUUAGGCAUAGAACCACUGUGCUUUUCAUUUGCAUAGUCUUUAAUGCGUUCUUUUUUCCUGCUGCUGCUUUUGUUCAUUUUGCAUUAUUUAUAAAACACUUGCUAAAAUAAGUUUAGUUUCUACCCCAUAAAAUCCCCUCCUGUGUUCUUUUACAGCUUUCAUUUGUAAACUACAUAUCACUGUGAAUUUGGUGCUCUUAAAAAAUAACACUACAUGUUUUUAUUUUAAUAAAGAAUUAUUUUACUUUAUCAUUUAUGAGUUUUACCUGGGAGAUGAAGUAGCUGGCAUUUCCAAACACAUGUUUAUACUGCAGUGCCUUUCCUCAACCUUGUAAACGUAUUUUACAAUGGAGGCAGUGCAAGACUUUUUUUGCAUGCAUUUCUAGCCAAAAUUUAAACAUUUCUUUAGCUUCAAAAAGGGGAAAUCUGAUGAAAAUGCAGCAUAGUGAGUUCAAAUCUUCAGAUACCUGAUGCCAAAUAAUGUUGCAGCUUCUCAGUCUGGUUUUAAAAAAAGAAUUUCAAUCGAUAAGAUUUUGCCAAAUUGGAUGCCCCAAAAGACUUGAAUCUGAAUUUUUCUUUUUUAUUUCCGCCUUUUAGUUUCUGCAUGGUAUACCUUUUCUUUAAACAAAUCUUUACAAUCAAAAAGCUGUUUUACAUGUUUCCACUAAAAUGUUGUACAGCAGAAUUUUAUGGAUGUUGUUAGGUCUGUCAAUAAAAUAUGUCAUUAAUAA